GACGCAAUGCUACCAAGUGAUGAUGAAAUGGCAAAGAUGUCUGACAAUUCUCUCCUUGGGCUAUAUUGGAAUUAUAUCAACCGACUGCAAGUCCUCUGCAAGAACGUGAUCCGGCUGGGAAGCUUGUGGGACGGGGGCAAGGAGAUAUGCGCGGAUGAACCCUACAGGCCCCGCCCUCCCUGCACUGUCUACUCCUUCGGAAUAGGUAACAAUUUCGAGUUCGAUGAAGCCGUCGUGAAUGAGUUUGGCUGCAAUGUCUACUGCUUUGAUCCUAGUAUUAAUAAAACGUCACAGCAGAUUUCUGAUCAUAUCUGGUUCUAUGACUGGGGUCUAGGAAGCAAAGACUGGGUCACAUCGACGAAAUGGCAAAUCAAAACCCUCCACUCGAUCCGAAAGAAACUGGGCCAUUUGGAUAAACCCAUAGACAUUCUAAAAAUGGACAUAGAGGGAGACGAGUGGAAUUCCAUCCCGCAGAUGAUCGCCACGAGAUCUCUUGAUGACAUACAGCAAAUUGCUAUGGAAACGCAUUUCUACGCGCCCGGUAUCGGCAGCGAGAACGUGCCGGGUCGUCGGCAACUUCCGGUCCUCAGGGAGCUCUACGACGCUGGCUUCCGGAUUUUUAUGCGUGACAGAAACCUUGUGUCUGCGCGGCGUAUCGACGAGAAAGUCAACAAGAAAUAUGUCACCGCCCUGAAUGAAAUUUCGUUAAUAAAAGUUCAUUAACAACGCAAUCAUUGCAUUGUAAUUGAACUUUUAUAAACGAAAUGAGCGUUGAUAUUGAAUGGCGUUAAAGAUGAUUGUAUUCAGGAGUAUUGUGCCAUAUUUAUAUAUCGAGGAUUUUUCAAACUGUAAUAUUUUUUAUUUUUUUUAUUCAUUUUAAAGCAUAUAUUGUAUACAUACAUGUUUUUC